CCUCUUCUUCCCCUUUCCUCCUCUUCCAGCCCCUUCCCUGGACAUGGAUGCUUAGCUCUACUUGACAUAGAGCGAGAAAGGAGCAGUAAAAGUAGAAGUAAGAUUUAGAUCCGCAUUGACACUAGCUAGUAGCGCAGGCCACUACCAGAACAGGGAGCUUCUAGCUGUCCAUCCACUGAUCCACAUAAGUUUACUGCUUGCUUUGGUUUGCUACUGAAGCUUCGAACUAUUUGAGAGAUGACCCAACCAUCCACCGUUAUCAUCACCAUCAUCAUCAUUGAGUAUCCCACCAAGAACCGCCACUAUCAAACCCUACUACCCACCGGCCGCCACAUGCAUCCAGCUCCGUCGUCUUUUGGCGAGUACUUCCAGUUCUUCCCCGCCGAGAUGUACCACCACCACCAGCAGCAGCUGCUGCUGCAGGAGGAGGGGACCCUGGAGGCGGUGCUUUGGCAGCCGGUAACCGCUCCAGCUCCGGCGGAGCGGGGGGAGCCGGGGAAUAAUGGCGCGCCAGGGGGUGCCGUCGUCGGGGCGGCGCGGAAGAGGCCGUUCCGGACGGACCGGCACAGCAAGAUCCGCACGGCGCAGGGGGUGCGCGACCGGCGGAUGCGGCUGUCCGUCGGCGUGGCGCGCGAGUUCUUCGCGCUGCAGGACCUCCUCGGCUUCGACAAGGCCAGCAAGACGGUGGAGUGGCUCCUCACGCAGUCCAAGCCGGCCAUCGACCGGCUUGCCAACGAGACCCAGGGGGGCGCUGCCGCUGCCGCUGCAGGACCGUUGAAAGAGAAAGGGGAGGGGGCGACCUCCUCCAGCACCGGCCGCUUCGAGGAUGCGAGGGAGGAAGAGCACGACGUCAGAGAUCUGAUGAAAAGCAUCGGCGGCGAAGGUGAGCUUGACUGGUUCAUGUCGGAGGCGGCGGCGAUAGGGCAGCCGAUGGAAGGAUUGGACUAAUUAAUGAGAGCGGCAACAACGGCGGAGUACUAAUUCUAAUUACUUAAGGUGAUUUCUUGUAUAUAUAUGCAGCUGCAUGACAUAUUGAUAUGCAAACUUUGUGUCCAAUGGUGAGAUUAAUUGAUUUCUUGCAAAUCUUAUGCUCAUGCUGGGUUCGUUCUACUAAUUUUGGCAACUAUAUUUUGCUGAUGUGCUAAUUUUGAGGUUCUUGGAGUUGUCCUGUGUUUCCAGUGCUACAUGGGAAUAUCAUCCU